AUGCGAUACACAAAUCGCACAACCACCUUUGCGGUUCUUACCCUCGUCUUCAGCUCAUUGGCAUCUGCAUCGGCGUCGAUUCUUGGAAUCGACUAUGGCAGCGAGUUCAUCAAGGCAGCUCUGGUGAAACCAGGUAUUCCAAUCGAGAUCGUCUUGACAAAGGACUCGAGACGAAAAGAAGUUGCAGCAGUAGCAUUCAAACCGAAAUCUUCAACUCACCCCGCCAACAGCAGCCCAGAACGACUAUAUGGCGUUGACGCCGUUAACUUUGCUGCAAGAUACCCGGAUGAUGUUUACCCGCACUUAAAACAACUUUUGGGUGUCUACGAAGCUAGUGACGAAAGAGUAUUGAACUAUGUCGGACGUUUCCCAAAUCUCAAGUUGACACUUGCCCCAACCGCCGGCCGUUCUACUGUCGAAUUCCGUAGCAAUGCUGCCCAAGAGGGCAAAUUUGCUCUUGAGGAGCUUAUUGCAAUGCAGUUAGCAAAUGUCAGAAGAUCCGGAGAGGCUCUUGCCGAUGAUGGAAACACUAUCACAGACUGUGUUAUCACCGUUCCAGCCUAUUUUACAACUGAGGAAAGACAUGCCAUCAUCGCGGCAUCGGAAAUUGCGGGUAUGAACGUUAUGGAACUCAUCAGUGAUGGAGUCGCCGUUGCGGUCAACUACGCCAUCCCCAGAUCAUUUGCCCCAGAUGCAAAGGAAGAAAUCCACAUCAUCUACGAUAUGGGAGCUAGUUCCACUACUGCAACUGUUGUGCAGGUCCGCGGCAAGACUGUGAAGGAGGGUAGAAGCAAUAAGAAUGUCACUGACGUUUCUGCUCUUGGUGUUGGAUUCGACCGAACCCUUGGUGGUGAUACCUUCAACCAGAAGAUGUACGAACUCCUCCUUAAUGAAUUUGCGGAGAGCAAGGCCGGCAAGAAGAUCGCAGAGAAGGAAGGAAAACCAAUCAAAGACCUUCUUACUGGAAAGCAAGUCGCCAAACUCUGGAAGGAGGCAUCUAGGGUUCGACAUAUCCUUAGUGCGAACACCGAGGCUUCCAGUUCCAUUGAAAGUUUUUUCCCGGAUGUCGACUUCAGAAGCAGGAAGAUUCAACGAAGCGAGUUCGAGGAGCUCCUCAAGGAAUAUAUCGUUAGGAUUUCCAAGCCAAUUAUCGACGCCGUCGACAAAAUGAAGGGUGGAUUGGAGGUCAUCGACAGCGUCAUUAUGUUUGGAGGUGGUGUCCGAGCUCCAUUCGUUCAGAAGAUUUUGACCGAACUCGUCGGGGACAAACUUUCAAAGAAUGUCAACGGUGAUGAAGCCGCCGUUAUGGGUGCCACUUUCAGGGGUGCCUCUUUGAGCAAGCUCUUCAGAGUUAAGGAUAUCAGAGUCCAGGAUGUGUCCUCUUACACCGUCGGAAUGAGAUACACCUCUGAGGCCACCGGAAAGGAACUCAACCAAAACCUUUUCAACGCCCCAGCGUGGAGAGGCCACAGCCGUUUCGUCCCUAUCAAGGCCACCAACGACUUCAGUUUCGAUCUUUACCAAAUCAAUGGCCACCCUCUCGACCCAGCGGCUCCAAAGGAAGAAAUCUUCAAAGUUACAACUACCAACUUGACUGCCUCCCUUGCUAAGCUCAAGGCCGAUGUCAAUUGCCUAGAAAACACGAUCACCGCAACCGUCGACAUUAAGAUCGAAAAUAAAUUUGGUCUCCCAGAAGUUGUAUCUGCUGACAUUGGAUGCGAAUACGACGAGAAGAAGACCGGGAUUGUUGAUGAUGUCAAGGGAUUCUUCGGAUUUGGCAAAGAUAAGGACCAGAAGGUUUUGGAAGACGAGAAGUCCUCUAAGUCCGGAGAUUCUUCAUCCACCACAAAGACUACUAGCUCUAAAUCGAAGACUAAGUCUACCACCGCUACCCCAACCCCCACCGGUGAGAAUGGAAAGCCAAUUGAGAAGGUUCAAGUCUCCUUCACUGUCGAGAGAUCUGGUCUCACUCCUCUCACCUCCGAUGAAUUUGCCGCUGCGAAGAAGAAGCUCCAGGUCUUUGAUCAAGAUGACACCACAAGAGCCCAGCGCGAGGAAGCUAGAAACAAUCUUGAGGCUUUCACAUACCGCGCCACCGAGCUCCUCUCAUCUGAGAGCUUUGUGGCCGUGUCCACUGAAGAACAGCGAGAGAAGCUCCAAAACAAGAUCAAUGAAGUCUCCGACUGGAUUUAUACCCGCGAAGCUGACGUUGCUGACCGUACUAUCCUCCUCGGAAAGCUCAAGGAGCUCAAGGAUCUCGAAGGACCCAUCAGCAACCGUAGAAAGGAAGCCGGAGAGCGACCAGAUGGUAUCGUUCGCCUCCAGACCAACCUCAAGGAUGGAAAGAAACUUUUGGAGAAGAUGAAGCAAGCCGUCACGAAGCACACUGCGAAUCUCGAGAGCUGGUCAAGCUAUUCUACCAAGUUUGUUGCCAGCGUUAGCUCCUCCGAGGCAGCCGCCUCUGCAUCUUCUGCCUCUGCCGCUUCCGCAUCCUCUGCCUCCGCUGAAGCUGAAGCCAGCAAGAGUGCCGAAGCCGCAGCGUCCGCGUCUGCAGAAUCAAGCAGCUCAACCGAUGCCUCCGCUUCCCCAAGCAGCAGUGGAGAUCCACUCGAGAAUCUUGAGGACACCACCUCAAGCAGCAGCACCUCUACUUCUACUACUACCAAGAAGGCCACCAAGUCCAAAUCAAAGUCGACCAAGAAGCCCACUCCAACCCCAGCCCCAGUCGUACUCUACUCUGAACCCGACUGCCAAGGCUUCGACACAGCCCUCCAAGAAGCCGAAAAAUGGCUCGCCGAAAAAUCCAAAGAACAAGACGUUCUCAAGGCCUACGAGGACCCAACCCUCCUUUCCAAAGACCUCAAAUCCAAGAGCCAAAAACUCGAAAAGGAUAUCAAGAAGUUCUCCGGUCGAACAAAAUCUAACUACGCCCCUCCACCACCACCCCCACCACCCAAGAAGGCAAAGACCGCACAAACCCCCGCCCGAAAACUUAAGGAGGAACAGGCGAGGAAGAGUCUUAAACUCGAAGGUCUAGCGGGUGUUGAAGGUAUCGAUGACACCGUCAACCGAAUGCUCGAGGGCAUGAGUGACGAGGAACUCGACAAACUGAUAGAAAAUGUCCAGGCGGAAGAGGCCAAGAAGGCGAGUGGUGAGGCAGAAGAGAAGCCAAAGAUUAAGGUUGAGCGUGUUAACCCUGAAGGGGGUGAACCCGAAGCCGAAAAGAAGACAGAAGGACAUGAUGAGCUAUAG